ACUAUGAACCCUGGACUCUGUUGCAGACCCUCCAAUUCCAACCUAAUAAAGUCUGUACCCUAUUCUACCACCAGAUGGAAGCAGACAAGGUUACAGAAGAGCUUUAUACCACCAUGGAUGCAGAGGAGCACCCCUCUUCAAAGAACCCCUCUACUGAGGACUUGCAGGAGCCCCCUAUCUCUGAAGAUCCCUUGGAGUCUUCCAACUCUGAGACCCCUUUAGAACCCCAUAUCACCAAGUCCCCUUUGGUGCCACCCACUUCAAAGACCCCUUUAGAGACCCACACCUCUGAGACCCUUUUAGAGGCCCACACCUCUGAAACCAUUUUAGAAUACUCCAUCUCUGAGACCCCUCCAAAGACCCCCAUUUAUGAGGCCCCAGUGGAGUCUCAUAUCUCUAAAGGCCCAGAGAAACGCCUUUCUUCUAAUCCCUCAUCAGAAGACCAUGUCUCUGCAUCUUCCUCUAAAGAUGAUGCCCUGAGGGAAGACCUCUACACUGAGUCUUCCUUCAAUGAGAUCCCAAGGGCAAGGAAGUCCACCCUGGAGGUCCCUGAACCUGUGAUCCUUAAAAAGCACUCCCUUUCAGGCCGUUCAGCCCAAGUCCACAAGGACACAUCUGUAGGGCAGAAGGAAGAAGCAGAAGAGGACAAGGAAGGGGUGGUUGCCAUUGAUAGCACUGCUCACACACCCCAGCCUGGACACCAGCUGGACAACACAGUCCACCCAGUAGUCCCUGCUAAGCAGGCAGAGCUGGUGGAAGUGGCUAAGGCGAUGCACAGAGACCAGUUUGGUGCUCAGGUGGAUCAUCUUUUCCAAUGGGAGAAGCAUGCAGCCCUGAGUGCCAUCCAGACAGGUCUCUACAUUGGCUGGCGCUGCCCCCAUUACCUCUGGGACUGUUUCCGGAUUGGGGAUGAGUCCAAGUGCUUUUGUGGACACUUGUUGAAGGAGCACCAGAUCAACUCAGAUAUAUCUGUGCCCUGCGGUGUGAGUCAGUGCCGCUGCCUCAUGUUCUGCUUUAUCCCAUCACGCCCAGAGGAGGUGGGUGAGUUCUGGCUCACUAGACGGGCCACCUUCGACCCCAAGGCCUGGAGGGCCCAAUGUCGCUGCAAACACAGCCAUGAAGAUCACACAGCCACUGGGUCCCAUCCCUGCAGGCACUAUGGCUGUUGCUGCAACUGCUUUGAGUCUAAUUUCCUCUGUGCGGCCUGUGACCGGCGCUGGGAAGAACAUGAGACUUUCUUUGAGACCAAGGAGACACGGAGACGAGGAGGGAGGCCUCACGGAGCAGACUAUGUGCCAUUUGCAGAGAUGCCUGCUCUUCGGAAAGCCAUCCUCCGCAACUCUGACUUCAAGGCCCUAGAGCCACAGGGGCCCUCUGGCCAUUCCAGCUCCCACCCUGGCCCCCCUGGGCCCCCUGGCCCACAUAGCCCCCAGUCUGGCCCCACAUCUGACCCCCAUACCUGA